AUGUCUGCAAUCCUUUCAGCCGAUGAUCUCAACGACUUCAUCUCCCCCGGUGUCGCUUGCAUCAAGCCCGUCGAGACCCUUCCCGCUCCGGCCCCACCUACCGACGAGCCGCUUGAGCAUGAGGUGAUCCUUGAUGGUCACCCUUCCGCUGCCACUGCCAGCACAAACGAACCGGCGCAAAUAUCCCUUACCGACUGUCUAGCAUGCUCCGGUUGUGUGACAUCGGCAGAAGCAGUCCUCGUCAGCCUGCAAAGCCACAGCGAAGUUUUAAGCGUUCUAGAUUCUGCACCAGGACUACAAUUGCGCCAAGAUGCGAAUGGAAGCUGGGCUGUGGAUGGGCUCGAGAAUCCCGAGGCAAAAUUGUUCGUAGCCAGCGUUAGCCCACAGUCGCGCGCAAGUCUGGCAGCGGCAGUCGGUGGUCGCUUGGGAGAGCAGGCUGCGGGCAAUAUGAUUGCGCAACUCCUAGGUGGAAGCGCAGGUCUUAGAGCAGGCGGAAAGUACAACAAUGCUUUCACCUGGGUAGUCGACACCAAUACCGCACGAGAAGCAUGCCUGGUCCUGGGUGCAGAGGAAAUAUUAAGUGAUGUUGUUGGCGAUGGAAGAGCCACCAAGCCUAUCAUCACAGCAAGCUGCCCAGGGUGGGUAUGUUACGCGGAGAAGACGCAUCCACACGUGCUGCCGCACUUGUCAAGAGUCAAAUCUCCACAGGCGCUCAUGGGCACUCUUUUGAAGACAAGUCUAAGCCGUGUACUUGGAAUCCCGCCGGAUCGGAUAUGGCAUCUCGCGGUCAUGCCUUGUUUUGACAAGAAGUUGGAAGCAAGUCGAGAGGAGCUGACCGAUGCCGUCUGGGCUGGCGAUGGCAAACCGGGAAGAGGUGUACGAGAUGUGGACUGCGUCAUCACCAGCAAGGAGAUCCUGAUGCUUACUGAGUCGAGAGGCAUGGACUUUUUCCAACUCUCCCAUGAAUCGGUGUCUUCAUCCCAAACAGCACCCUUUCCAGACCAAACACUCCAUGAGUUCUUAUUCCGAGAAAAGCGAAAGACGCAGAAGCAGAAUGAUACUGCCGCCGGGACAUCAGGAGGCAAUCUCCACUACACCCUUCAGUAUGUCUCAGCUCAACACCCAGGCUCCAGGAUAGAGACAAUCCGGGGCAGAAACGUAGACGUUGUGGAAUACAAUGUCAUCUCGGCCAAUGGACAAUCGCUGUUCAAGGCUGCCAAAUAUUACGGUUUCCGCAACAUCCAAAACCUGGUUAGGAAACUGAAACCAGCUCGGCCGUCCCGCGUGCCGGGAGGUAGACCUAUUGGUGGUUCUCGCAAGAUGGAAUAUCAAUACGUCGAGGUCAUGGCAUGCCCCGGUGGCUGCACAAAUGGCGGUGGGCAGAUCAAGGUCGAUGAUCCUAUUGUGACAGAGAGGAGGGGGAUAGAAGCCAAACCCGGUCCCCAGGAACAAAAGAAUUGGUUGGCAGAGGUUGAUGAGGCAUACUUUUCGGCCGACGAGCCCGAUGUCGAACCUAUUGAUAAUGAUUCGACAUCUCACUUGGUCGGUGGCAUUUCUCCGUCGUACAUUCGAGAUACCCUAGCGCAUUUGUCCAGCAUUACUGGUGUAGACAUAGAUAGAUUGGCCAUGACGACAUAUCGGGAAGUUAUCAGUGAUGUCGGCAAGGACAAAACGACUGACACGGAAAGGGUUGUACAAUUGGCUGGGAAAAUCGGAGGUGGGUGGUAA